AUGGAGCCAGGAGAACCCGCGGCGGCGCCCCUCAACCUGUCCCGAGCCGCGGCAGAGACGCCCCGCGGGGAGUUCAACCUGUCCGGGCUGCCGGAGGCGGAGGGGAAGCCCCUCUUCGGCAUCGGCAUCGAGAACUUCAUCACCUUGAUCGUCUUCGGUUUAAUCUUCACCCUGGGGGUGCUGGGCAACACCCUGGUGAUCACGGUGCUGGCGAGGAGCAAGCCAGGCAAGCGCCGAAGCACCACCAACAUCUUCAUCCUCAACCUGAGCAUCGCCGACCUGGCCUACCUGCUCUUCUGCAUCCCCUUCCAGUCCACGGUCUAUGUGCUCCCCACCUGGGUGUUGGGAGCCUUCAUCUGCAAGUUCAUCCACUACUUCUUCACCAUCUCCAUGCUGGUGAGCAUCUUCACGCUCUCGGCCAUGUCUGUGGACCGGUACGUGGCCAUCGUGCACUCCCGACGCUCCUCAGCCUUGCGCGUCCCCCGGAAUGCGAUGCUGGGUGUGGGGCUCAUCUGGGCGCUCUCCUUCGCCAUGGCCUCGCCUGUGGCUCACCACCAGCGCAUCUUCCACCGUGAGACCAGCAACCAGACCUUUUGCUGGGAAUUCUGGCCCAACCCACGCCACAAGAAGGUCUAUGUGAUUUGCACAUUCAUCUUCGGGUAUCUGCUCCCGCUGCUGCUCAUCUCCUUCUGCUACGCUAAGGUUCUUAAUCAUCUGCAUAAGAAGUUAAAAAACAUGUCAAAGAAGUCAGAAGCAUCCAAGAAAAAGACAGCACAGACUGUGUUGGUGGUGGUAGUGGUUUUUGGCAUCUCCUGGCUGCCUCAUCACGUGAUCCAUCUCUGGGCUGAAUUUGGAGUUUUCCCACUGACUCAAGCCUCCUUUCUCUUCAGGGUAACUGCACACUGCCUGGCUUACAGCAAUUCUUCUGUGAACCCAAUCAUAUAUGCAUUUCUAUCUGAAAAUUUUAGGAAGGCCUACAAGCAAGUCUUCAAAUGCCAGAUUGGUAAUGAGUCACUUCUGAAUGAUGCUAAGGAAAAUAAAAGUCGGAUAGAUACACCACCCUCUACCAACUGUACCCAUGUGUGAAUGUUGAGAAGCCCUGUAUGUUGGCUCUUCCUUUAUGUAAACUAAAUACCAAGAAAAAGAAAAAGCACAAUGAGCUUUAUCCUGGGUUUAUCUCGAUAAAGCUAAUUGGUAUUUAAUGUACUGAAGUUUCAGUUGUAACCAAAGUUUGUGAAACUCAUAUGAAAGUAACCUGGGCUGAUCCUUUGCAUCUUAGAUAGCUUUGUCAAAUAAAGCUCUUGGACUUUCAUAGAUAUUUGAGAAAAAAAAUGUUGAAAUGAUAUGUCUGUAUUCUUACUCUCUAAUCAUACAAAGGUACAAGAAGAUGUUGAUGUGGUCAGGUAACUUUGUGACAUCUUACUCCGUGAAAGUGAAAAAUGGAUACAUUUCCUGUCCUACAGACAAUAAAUACUGGACUGCUGUGAUUUCAAA